ACUGUUCUCUCACUCUCAACUCUUCAUUUCAGUCAUCAGACGGAUUUGCUCGGCUCUAAGGCGAUUGCAGAGGAAUGAGUGACUCUAAGCCACAAUAAUGGCAAUGAAUUUACUGGAUUGCUAGCCGGGUUCGGCCUCUGGGCACACAGAAACAUACAUUCUGGCCAAACCCACACAGAAAACAUGUCUGAACCCAAGUACAGGACGUUGAUUGUGAACGCUAUUGAUUCACUACGGUCUAGUAAAACCAAACCAGACUUUAAGAAGAUAUGUGGAAGGGUAAAGAGACACGGGUUAAACCCAGAUCGCACCCGUGCAGAACUGGAGAAACUGGUCCAAGAACAGAAGGUAGUAAUCAAAGACAGCGGCAACGGCUCCAUCUCUUACCGGAACGCCGCAGAUUUGCCGAGGAAACGCCAGAAAAAAAGUGAGCUCACACCAGACUGCAGUAGUGACAGCGGCGUUUCACAAGGCAAACGCGCCAACGACAACGGGGACAGCAUAGACAGCUUCAUGGAUGAAGAGGAGUAUGAAGACAAGGAACCGGAGCCUAUGGGGUCGAUGCAGAACUUUCAUCCCCAAACCCCAGUCCAAUCCCUAGCCACAGCCACUGUGCAAGAAGAUACAGAAGGAGGUUUCGCCACACAAGAGUCUGAAGGUGUGUCUGGAGUGGGCGCCUCUCCGGUAGUAAAGAGAUCAGAGCUGAGGAUUGUGCUACUGGGCAAAACUGGAGUAGGAAAGAGUGCAACAGGAAACACCAUCCUGGGGAAUGAGGUCUUUAAAGAAGGUUAUUGGGACUCUGUCACUUUAGUUACUAAGAGGGAGACUACCAAUGUGUUUGGGAGACAGAUCACAGUGAUUGACACCCCAGGACUACUUGAUACGUCUGAGACAGCAACUGAGUUUAAAAGUGAGAUUGAGAAGUGUGUUGAGUUGUCAGUUCCUGGACCCCAUGUCUUCCUGCUGGUGAUUAGACUGGAUGUGAGAUCAACAGAAGAGGAGAAGAACGCAGUCAAAUGGAUCCAGGACAACUUUGGCAAGAGAGCAACACAGUUCACCAUGGUGCUCUUCACUCAUGCAGAUAGGCUGAAGGGGAGAACAAUGGAAAAUGUUCUAAACAACAAUUUCCAGACCUUGAUAGACGGCUGUGAGGGUGGAUACCACACCUUUAACAAUGAAAAGAGGGAUGACCAGACUCAGGUGACGGAGCUUCUGCGGAAGAUAGACACCAUGGUGGAGAAGACUGACUUCUUACACUACACAAACAAGAAGUACCAGGCUCUGAGAAAGAUCAGAGAAGACAACAUGGCUGCUAAAAUCAGAGCCCUUGAAGAAAAACUGAAAGAAGUAAGCAGGCCAAUGAUGAACUUACCCAAAGAGAAGAAACACACCCAAGAGGAGCUAAAGAAGCCAUAUGUACACCAUGAAAGAAAAUCCAUCCUCACAGGUCCAACUAGCAGCAACCGAACGGGUGCAAAGCGACCCAGAAUGCCUUCUCCCUCCAACACACAAAGAACUACAUCCGGACUCUCACAAGCCAACAAGCCCCCUGCUAAGAGAUGUUCAGCCCCAGGAUCUGAUGAGACACACACUUUGCAGGCUUCAGAGUUUCCUACUGUAAGCAGAGAGUCAACAGCACAGGGAGUUCAGUUACCUGGACAUGUCUCUUCCACUUCAAGCAAUUUCAGUGCUGACAACGGGGGCCUUAUCAGUGUUCCACAACUUGCACAGUGCCAUAUUAAUGGGCCUGUCACAUUCACCACCGUGAUGGGCAACAAUCAAGAUGGAACAUAUGCAGUUGAUUCUGCAUUGAACACUGAGAAGAUUUCAAAAACUCUGAAGGAAAAAUUGAAGACACAAGUUCAAAACAUAGAGGAGGGUUAUGAUGUCACAAAAAAUGAGAUACCCUUGAAAGAAAUGUACACAGAACUUCACAUCACAAAGGAAAAGAGAGAUGCUAGAGAGAUGAGAGAUGAUAAGGAGCAUGAAAUGUACCUAAGGGAUUCAGCUACCGGGCCUGGACCAUCACAGAGUGAAGGAAUUGAGUGCAACGGAAUAUUCAAACAAGGUCCUGGUAGGAGGAUCAGGAUGGUGCUGACCAAAGGAAAUGCCGGAAUUGGGAAGUCUGUAUAUGUGCGGAAGUUCAUUUUUGACUGGGUGGAAGGAGAAGCCAAUGCUGAUGUGCAAUUAAUGUUGCCCCUGCCCUUUCGAGAGCUCAAUGUACUUCCUGAGGGACAGUAUAGUUUUUACACACUGCUCCUUGAGUUCUUUGAAGACCUUAAAUUACAUAAUGAUCCAAAGAUCUACAACAACAUGAAAACUAUAAUCAUUCUUGAUGGCUUUGAUGAAAGCAAGUUUCACCUAGACUUUAAGAAGACAAUAGCAGACAUGAACGAGAAGACCACAAUUGAUGUCCUGAUCUCAAGCCUCAUUAAAGGCAAGCUGCUUGGCUCCGCUCUUCUUUGGAUAACAUCACGACCGGCAGCUGCCAGUCAGCUCAUCAAGUAUGCCAAUUUGGUAACAGAAGUCCAGGGUUUCAGUGACCCAAAGAAGGAAGAGUACUUCCAGAAUAGGAUCAAAGAUUCUACUCGUGCCGUGCAGAUCAUCACACACAUUAAGUCAUCACGAGUUCUGCACUUCAUGUGCCACAUUCCUUUGUUUUGUUGGAUUGCAGCAACUGUCUUUCAGAACAUGCUGGAAGGUGAGAAAAUUCCCAAAACCCUUUCGAGCAUGUAUUGCUGUUUCUUGGUUAUUCAGAUCUGCAUCACACAUGAAAAAAAACAUGGUGAAAAAUUUGAGAGUCACAAAAUGUUGAUGUCUAGCCAAGAAGCUAUUUUGAAAGUUGCCCAUCUGGCUUUUAGGAAUCUAGAUCAUGGCAAAUUGAUAUUCCUUGAAGAUGACCUUAAGCAAUGUGGAAUUAACCCAAAAGAUCCCAUGUUCUCUGGGGUUUGCACUGAGAUCUUGAAAAUAAACGGUUUCCAUUCUCUACGUCUAACGCAUGUGAAGCAAUACUCUUUCAUGCAUCUGAGCAUCCAAGAGUUCUUUGCUGCUCUCUAUGCAUUUCACUGCUUUCUAAAAAGCAACUUGGAACCGCUUAGACCCUUUCUUACCCAGAAGAAGAAAGUUCUGCCUGUGAAUAUGACUCUGGAAGAGUUCCUACAGAUUGUAGUGGAAAAAGCCCUGAGCAGUAAAACUGGCCAUCUCGACUUAUUUGUCAGAUUUCUUCAUGGCCUCUCAUUGGAGACCAAUCAAAAACAUUUAGAUAGCCUUUUGCCUCAGCUAGUGGUUAAUCCAGAUACAAGGGCAAACAUUAUCAGCAACCUAAAGAACACAUUGCGUAAGAAGUUCUCAGCAGAAAGGUUCAUUAAUCUGUUCCAUUGUCUAAGUGAAAUCAACGACUGCUCUUUCCAAGAGGAGGUUCAAAAGUAUUUGGAUUCAGAUAAAGGCCAAGGUAAAUGGUUGUCAUUGGCACAUUGCUCUGCUCUAGCCUACAUGCGUCAGCUCUCUGAUAAGGUGCAGGAUGAGAUUGACCUGAAGAAGUACAACACAUCUGACGAGGGUCGUAAGAGGCUGCUUCCAGCAGUGAAAUGCUACAAAAAGGCUAAGCUUGCUGGCUGUAAACUCACAGAAAACUGCUGUCACAUUGUGGCCUCGGCAUUACAGUCUGCUAACUCACCUCUGAGAGAGUUGGACCUGAGUGACAACGAUCUUCAGGAUUCAGGGGUGAAGAUUCUUUGUUCUGGUCUGACCAGUGCAUACUGUAAACUGGAGAAACUAAAACUAUCUUGCUGUGGGAUCACAAAGGAGGGCUGUAAGAAACUGGCCUCUGCUCUUCCUUCCAGGCUGAAGGAACUUGACCUGAGCCACAAUUACCCAGAGAUGGAGGGCGAAGGAAAAUUCUCUGAAAUACAGAAAAAACAGUGUGCAAUAAGGCAAGGCCAUCCAUAA